AUGUCGCUUUAAACUGCACUCUUCUCUAGGGCUUCGAACGUUAACUCUUCUUUGUUAAUCUCCCGCUUCCCUUGAAACCCCUUCCUUUCACCGAGUUCAAGCGUUCAAAAGCGAUCAAUUAUCCCUAACCAGAGAAUAAAUGGAAGAAUCCGAGAAGAGAAGGGAGAGGUUGAAAGCAAUGCGCAUGGAAGCAUCACAAGCUGGAGUUGAACAUGUUGUUGGGAAUUCUGCAGUGCCUCAUCACCUCUCAAAUCCAUUAGUUGAAACCUCUCCAAUUCCUCCAUUGCAAAAUAAUGCACCACAAAGGUUUGACUAUUACACAGACCCUAUGGCUGCAUUUUCCGCCGACAAGAGGAGGAGCAAGGUCAGCAAUCAGAAUUCACAGGACUAUUUCACACCUCCAAGACCAAUGAACCCUGAAAUGACUCCCUCUCCAGUUCAUCAAGUCCAACCUAAUUAUUCCCCUGAUCAGAGAAUAUACCAACCUCGAAGCCCUUAUCACAGCUCAGGACCAAUGACUCCUCCUUUUGCCCAUCAGGCCCAAACCAAUUAUUCCCCAGAUCAAAGAAUGUACCAAGCUCGAGGCCCUUACCACAGCUCAGGACCGAUGACUCCCUCUCCAGCUCAUCAACUCCCAACUAAUUACUCCCCAGAUCCAAGAAUGUACCAAGCUCGAGGUCCUUAUCACAACUCAGGACCAAUGACUCCCUCUCCAGCCCAUCAGUCCCAAACUAAUUAUUCCCCAGAUCAAAGAAUGUACCGAGCUCGAGGCCCUUAUCAAAGCUCCAGGCCCGAUGGAAGCCCAAUGGGGAUGGUCGGUCCUUCGGGCUCGCAUCAGGGAUCUAGUGGCGCAUCAACCUACUAUCAUUCAGCUAAUUCAUCUGGAAUUGGUAAUUUCUCCAGCCCUAGUUUUGGAGGUAGCCCCAGAUUUGGCGGUCCUACCUCUAGUUUGGGAUUUAGAGGUAGCCCCAGUUCUUAUUCGGGAAGGGGAAGGGGUCGCUCAUCGGGAUGUGGGAGAGGAUUCAAUUCUCAUGAGAGUGUUUCAGCAGAGCUUAGACCGGAUCUGUACUACAAGAAGUCAAUGGUUGAGGACCCGUGGAAGCUAUUGACGCCUGUUAUUUGGAAGAGAGAGAAUAUUUCAGCAACGAGUGGGAAUGUUUCAAUGGUUGACUAUGCUAAAUCAGUUUUUCCAGGAUCCGCUGGUAUAAAAAAGCCCAGAAUUUCAGGAGGCAUGAACGAGUCGAGUUCGAGUUCUCAGCCAAGCCUUGCUGAAUACUUAGCGGCUGCAUUUAAUGAAGCAGCCAACGACGGAGCUGGCGGUAACGAUAAACCGAGUUUGUGAGUUUGGCACUCUUGUACAAUUCCACCAAAGAGGGGGCUGUUGGGAUUGCCCGUCUGUUAAGAGUUUAUGAUAUGAUGACAUCGCCUCUUCAUACAAAGUUGGGCCUUUUCGAAAGUGCAGUUUAGACUCCUUAAUGCCCUUUGCUUGGCAGUGUCAACUUUCCCUAUCCCCCCUCGCAACAUAAGUUCUUAUGCAUAGAGAGAGAGAGAGAGAGAGAGAGAGAGAGAGAGAGAGAGAGAGAGAGAGAUAGGCUGCAUGAUUUCUUCAUACGGAGUAUUUGGUAACAGGGCAAGAUGAUGUUAAUUUCGUAAGAUUGUAAUUUACCUUCUGCAAUGCUUGAUUUUUUUUUUUCCAUUGCUGCUAUUGUUGCAUUUCUGUAUUAAGAUUACUGCUAUUUAAUUUUU